AUGAACGCACCGGCAACAUUCGAAUCGUUUUUAUUAUUAGAUGGAGAACGAAAGAUCAUCGUUGAAAAAGAUUCGAAGGUACCCAAUGCUGUCGUUUUCACAAUCAGUAAAGAAGAUCAUACCUUAGCCAAUAUGCUUCGUGCGCAAUUAUUAAAAGAUCCUAAAGUUAUCUUUGCUGGUUAUAAAAUUCCUCAUCCACUGGAAAAUAAAGUCAUUCUACGUGUUCAAACAGCUUCACAUGAAUAUUCCGCAGUGAAUGCGAUGGAAAAUGCAAUUAAAGAUCUGAUUUUUGAAAUGGAUAUGCUUGAAGAUCGAGUGAAAUCUGCAAUUGCCAAUCGUCAGAGCGCGGAAUAA